UGCAGUAUGUGGCAGGCUGUGGCUGUUUGGCUGUUGAUACUCAUGACUCUUCUCCAGGUAUCAGUCCAGGGACCUCACCAGCGUUUUCUGCUCAAGGAGCUGCUGAGGGACUACAACCCCAUGGAGAGGCCAGUGGCCAAUGACUCCCAGACUCUUACUGUUCAGUUCUCCUUCUCUCUAAUACAAGUCAUGGAUGUGGAUGAAAAGAAUCAGAUCCUCACCACGAAUGCUUGGCUGCAGAUGCAGUGGUAUGACCACUAUCUCCAGUGGAACCAGUCAGAGUAUCCUGGAGUUAAGAACCUCCGUUUCACUCCAGACCAGGUCUGGACACCUGAUAUAUUACUUUACAACAGUGCUCAUGAUAAGUUUGAUGCCGCCUUUAAGACCUAUGUGCUGGUUAACUCCAGUGGUUUCUGUGAAUAUCUGCCUCCAGGGAUAUUUAUCAGCACAUGUAAUGUGGACGUGAGAUGGUUUCCCUUUGACAUCCAGCAUUGCGAGCUGAAGUUUGGCUCGUGGACUUUCGAUGGCUGGCUGUUGGACAUCCAGAUGAAGGAGGCAGAUGUGUCAGGAUACAUGCGCAAUGGAGAGUGGGACCUGCUGGAGGUCCCUGGGGGUCGUCAUGAGGUUUUCUAUGACUGCUGUGCAGAGCCGUACCCCGAUGUUACCUUUGUGGUCACAUUACGGAGGAGGACCUUGUUUUACGCUCUCAAUCUCCUCAUCCCAAUUGUGCUCCUCUCCUCCAUGACCUUGCUUGUCUUCCUGCUCCCCGCAAACUCUGGGGAGAAGAUCAGCCUCGGCAUUACGGUUCUUCUGUCUCUGACUGUCUUCAUGUUGAUGGUUGCAGAGAUUAUGCCUGCCACUUCGGACUCUGUCCCGCUGAUAGGUCAGUACUUUGCCAGCACCAUGGUGAUUGUGGGGAUGUCGGUCGUAGCUACGGUCAUCGUCCUGCAGUUUCAUCACCACGACCCCAACAGUGGACACAUGCCGCGCUGGGUGCACUUGGUUCUGCUGCAGUGGGUUCCUUGGUUCUUGCGGAUGAAGCGUCCAGGUGAGGGAGUGGAUCCCACGCUUUCCAACAGCCAGACCGACUCUCAGAGCAAGACUAUGUCCUCUCCUACCACCACCGCUACCACCGCCACAAUCCCUACCCCAGUGCCCUCCAUCCUCCCGCAGAGCCUCAACUCCCUGCAGGUUACCCUCGCUCAGCUCAGCCACCCACUGUCACAUUCACAACCUCACAGGCCCAACUCUCAGGCUGUCAUCCUCCCUAUUCCCACCAACAGAGAUCCCAAUCCACACUCCCAGCCUAAUGGUCAUCUGCCCUACAUGGGUUUCCAGACCUUCCAGACGACUGUAGAACUGGAGCCAUUUCAGAGGAACAGGGCCAUUAAUCAUGGGAGGGUCAACAGUGGACUAGGUGGAGGAGAAGGAGAGGGAGCAGCACCAGGGGGAGGAGAACCCGUUGGAGAUUCACCAGUCCAUUACCACCUUCCAUCCUCCAAAUUUGGGAUCUCACCUCAGGAACCCUCCCCAGACCCGGAUCCGUUAAUCACAUCCUCUGGACCUUGUGGUUUAGAGGCUGGAGCAGGAAGAUCGGCUGCUAUGUCUGCCCACAGCAGUGUGAACCGAUCUGUUGCCGUGGACAACCAGCUGCAGGCUCUCCUGAUGGAGGUGCAGUUCUUAGUCGAACGUGUUCGCGAGCAGGACCGGCAGCUGAGCAUGGCGGAGCAGUGGCAGUUUGCCGCCGCUGUUAUCGACCGCCUGUGCCUGGUGGGAUUCAGUGUUUUCAACAUCAUCUGUACCAUCGCUAUUCUCAUGGCUGCACCCAACUUUGGAGAAGCACUAUCCAAAGACUUCCUGUGAAAGGACGAACACAGAGACUUGAGAGAAAAUGGGAUAGUAAAGCAUGACACAGAUAAGGAUUUAUUGGAAGCACAAUUGUCUGUGAAGGACACUGGGACAUAGCAGCAAAUAUUUCCUUUUAAGGAAGCUUGAUUGGACUGUGGCACAUGUGGUCUACAUAUUAUAGUUCAUUCUCUUCCUUUCAGAGUAUUAGACACAUAUUCAUUUGGCUUUUGGUUUCUUUGGAUGUUCAUUUACAUGUGGAUGAUGUUGGUGGUCUCAAUCUUUGACUGAAACUUAAAAAAAAGACUUCUGUGAAUGAGGAUCUUGAAGUAAAGCAUGACUUUAUGAGAUUUAUUAAGUAUUUGUAUUAUUCUCAGUCAUGCAACACAGUGUUGCUCAGCUGGAAAAAAAAACAGUCACUGCAGAGCUUUUUACAUUCAAAUGAGAGCAAUGUUUCAUUAAAACUGAUUGAAUUUA